CUGUACGGCCUGCGCAAGCUUUAGAGCAAGCCUUCUCUUUAUAACCCAACCGAAUCCCCCUCAACAAAAAACCUCGCUUGAGACCCUCCCCGCUCUACUUCAUUUUCGUUUCUCAGAGAAUUCCUACGUCUCGCUUUCUGUCUCUCUCUCUCAUGUCUGCUCUCCCUAGCUAUCUAUCUGCAUCAUAGACACUCCAGACUUUGCUCAAUUUCUUUUUUGUUAAGAUCGUCUUCGUCGCCGUACUUAGCGCAUGUCGAUAUGGCCGUGGUUGACCGUAUGAUUACACUUCCCGAGUUCGGAAUCCCGGCGAUGAUGCCAAGCUUUCGCAGGGUCGCACCUGAACUGGCGAUGCCGGUUUUCAAAGACAUGAUUUAUGUCGCAGCUGGGAAGGAUGUGAAAGAGGGCAUAGCGAAGCUUGUUUGGACGGUGCGUCAAUCACGAGGAAAAGUCAAGAUCUGUAUCAUUCAUGUUCUAGUUCCUUCACAGACGAUCCCCAUGGGAGGCCUGGGUGCUGGAAUGCCGGCGAACUCGGCAAAUGAGAUAUUGUUGAGAGAACACAGAGAAAAAGAGAGGAUAAACAUGCAUAAGAUCUUAGAUACCUACCUGCGCGUUUGUCAAAAACUGGGGGUACCGGCCAAGAAAGAGUACAUAAAAUCGGACAGCGUUCAAAAGGGAAUUGUGGAGCUCAUACGUUUGUAUGGGAUCAAAAAGCUUGUAAUGGGUGCAGCAGCAGACGGACGCUAUUUCAAGAAGAUGACUGAAAUCAAGUCCAGGAAAGCCAUCUUCGUCUGCGAUAAAGCGCACUUCUCUUGUCAAAUUCGGUUUAUUUGCGACGGGCACCUCAUUCGCACAAGGGAAGCUCAGAUGGUUCAAGCCAUUGCAGAAGUUCCUACUGAUGCACCAUCACCGACGACUCCAACCCCUGGAGCUAGAAAGUCCAUUCUCUUGAAAUCGCGAUCCGUCACACUGCAGAGGAGUGGUAUGGCGAAGUUGAGCAAUCUAUUUCAAGGCAUUCUGGGAAGAACCUUCUCCUCAAACGCCGACCGGCGUGCAGUUAUGCCAAUAGCUUCUCCUUCCCCAGAUAGCACUCCUUCCGAGCAGCCUAACGCGCCGAGCAUACUGGAGAGGCAAGACACUAUCCAAGAACUCGCAACAAGUCUUUCCCAUUGUCUGCAGUUGAUUCAAUCAGUCUAUCUUACCAGCCACUCAUCGCUCUCCAACACUCUGGGUAUGGAGGAAAACGAUGCGCGAGUGCUUGAGGAGGGAGUGACGACUUGUGCUGAAGCAGAAGUUGAUAUCGGUGAAGGCGGGCGAAAGGAUCCCAGGAAGUUGGAGGAAGAACUUGAGAAGGUGAAAGAUCAGCUAGACAAAGUGAUGGAAGGACUUCGCAGUGCCCAGGAACAGAAAUUGCAGCUCGAGAGCCAAUUCGCCGAGACCGACGAGAGCAGAAAGGAGUUGGAGCUGAAAAUCAUUGCGAGUGAUGAAAUGUUGCAGACUUUUAGACAAGAGCUAGAGCUGUUGCAGAUCGAACUCGACAAUGCGCUCCAAACGGCCGAGGAGGUAAGCAGAAGAAAAGGAGAUUCCUCGGGUACAAAGUACUUCUCCGAGUUCUCCAUGACUGAAAUCAAGGAAGCUACACGGAACUUCGACCCAUCCAUGAAGAUUGGAGAAGGCGGUUGCGGGAGCGUGUAUAGAGGUUUCCUUCGACAUACGUGGGUGGCCAUAAAGAUCAUUAAAUUUCAUAGCAUGCAUAGUUCACAAGAAUUUCAACAGGAGGUGGAUGUGUUGAGCAAGGUGAGGCAUCCCAAUCUCAUCACGCUCAUGGGCGCUUGUCCAGAGCCCUACACUCUUGUUUACGAAUAUAUUCCAAACGGUAGCCUUGAAGACUGGCUCCGCAGCAGCAACCGGGCGAAGCAGCUGCCGUGGCAAGCUCGGAUACACAUCGCCACAGAGCUCUGCUCCGUUCUGGCCUUCCUCCACUCUUGCAAGCCUCACAGCAUCGUCCAUGGUGACGUCAAACCAGGGAACAUCCUACUGGAUGCACAUCUCGGUAGCAAGCUCAGCGAUUUCGGUAUCUGCCGACUGCUCUCCCGCGGGGAGCGGUCUAGCAACAACACCACAGUCCUGUACACAGCCGACUUGAAAGGGACGCUUGGGUACAUGGACCCCGAGAUCCUCGUCACGCGAGAGCUCACAACGAAGUUCGAUGUUUAUUCUUUCGGGAUUAUACUGCUGCAGUUAUUGACGAGGAGGCCCGCCUUUGGAAUAGCGAAGGAAGUGCAAAGUGCAAUUAGUGCAGGGGCUUUGGAGGCCAUCUUGGAUCCACUGGCUGGAGAGUGGCCCUAUAUGCUGACCAAGGAGUUGGCUCAUUUGGCUUUGAGGUGCUGCGAGAUGAGCAGGAGGAAUAGGCCAGAUCUCCGGUCAGAAGUGUUGACGGUGCUCGAAUCGGUCGUAGCUUCCUAUCGAUAAACCUAGACUUGUGAAUACUAAGGAACUAAGCGACACACAUGUUUGGAUGUGUACUUUGAACUUCAAGUAAAUUGACUUUCCGGGUCAUGCGUGGCGGUCGUCGGCGAGUACCGGCCGGUUUGUGUGUAUGUACAUACGUAGAUCUUUGGCUGCGUCAUGUAUUGAGUUAUUUUGUUGAAUGUUCUUCCUGCAUGUA